GGCAGGAACUUAAUAAGUUAUCUAAUAUUUUUACUAAUUUAAAAAAAUAUUUAAGCAACAAUCAUGUUUUUGCUUGGGGUAAUUAUAAUGGAGAAGAAACUUGUAAGUAUAUUAGCUACUUGUUAUGUGAUCAAAUCCGUGGAAAUAUACUUGGUGAAUGUGAUGAAGGCACAUUUAAAGUUCUCAGUGAAUUUGUAGAUCAAUGCAAUGUUUAUAAACGUUCUCAUAUGUGUAAGAAUAAAGUAAAACAUAUAAAUAAUGAUAAUUUUCUAAAAAUGAAAGCCUUAUAUGUGUUGUAUGAUAAGUAUUAUAAAUUAUCUAUACAACAUAAGCAAUGGGAUAAAGAAACAUACUGCAGUGACAUGAUCUAUUUAGUUAGCUUAUAUAAUAAAUUUUUGAAUAAAUAUCCAUCCCAUAGCUUAAAAUUUAAUGAUGUAUUGAGGCAGUUUAAAGUAUUAAUGGACACUAUUACAGUGACAGGAAAAGAACGUUGCCAAGGGGUACAAUUUCCUAUGCUUAAUCCUGUUUUUUUUGAACGACAAGAGGUAGUACCACAAGUACUCCCAUCAGUGAGAGAAAGUAAUCAAUCACAAGGCGUCACAUUAGAUGUCCCAGGAAAAUCAAAACCUUUAGAUGUAACAAGAUUACAAACAUCAGCAGUAGGAGUAGAAGUAAGAGAUAAUCCACAUAAUGCAAAAGGACCUAAAGUAUCAUAUCCAUUAACAUCAACAGGAACUUUGGAUUUACACAUAACCGGUGAAUCAGAACAUCCACAUAAAACACUAGAAUCCUCUGAAACAUAUACCUCCCUUGGAACAAUAGAAUCUUAUGUGCCACAAGAAUCUCAUAGACCGGGGAGAUCUUCUGGAUCAAGUGAAUACCUUCAUACAAACUCAACACAUUCACCAGGAGAUGAAAAUAUUGAAUCAACAAAUUUGAAAGAAUCCGUAUUAAGAAAUGAAGAUGUAACUUUAUUAGGAAAAAUACAAACUACUCUUUCUGGAAUAGUAAGCGAAGUUGAACCAGGACCCGUACUUGGUGUAUCUGGUGGGAUGGGUGCCUUAUUUUUACUUUUUAAGUAUACUCCAGUUGGAACAUUCUUUAGAGGAGGAAGAGUACGCGCACGUAGAAUUCCUAGUGGUUUCAGUGGACCAUUCCUAGGAGAAUUCCCAGAUGUUCAAGAUUAUUAUGGUGGAAAUAUUGGAUAUGGUCAAAUGAAUCCUCUAGCGGAAUAG